AUGACACAGGCAGAAGUUGAAGCGCAGCUGCAAAGAUUGGAAAGCACCACCAUCUACCCUACUGAGGCGGACGGGCAGGGAGAAGAAGACGAGUUGAAUGGACCCUUGCUUAUCGAGCAACUAGAGGGAAAUGGAGUCACCGCGUCUGAUAUCAAGAAACUCAAGGCUGAAGGGUUUCAUACUAUUGAGAGUAUCGCGUACACUCCAAGAAGACAGUUGAUGACUGUCAAAGGUAUCAGUGAAGCCAAGGCAGAAAAGAUUUCAAACGAGGCUGCCAAGUUGGUCCCCUUGGGUUUUACAACCGCGUCUGAAUUCCACUCGAGAAGGUCAGAGUUGAUCUGUUUGACGACGGGUUCUAAGCAACUAGACACGUUGCUUGGCGGAGGUAUCGAGACUGGAAGUAUCACUGAAGUGUUUGGCGAGUUUAGGACUGGUAAGUCGCAAUUAUGUCACACCUUGGCCGUCACGUGUCAGUUGCCUAUCGAUAUGGGUGGCGGCGAAGGCAAGUGUCUCUACAUUGAUACCGAAGGUACAUUUAGGCCCAACAGACUUGUUUCGAUAGCUGAGAGGUACGGUUUGAAUGCAAACGAUUGCUUGGACAAUGUCGCGUACGCUAGAGCUUAUAAUGCCGAGCACCAGUUGAACUUGCUUAAUUUGGCUGCACAAAUGAUGGCAGAGCUGAGAUUCUCCGUUUUGAUUGUUGACAGUAUCAUGUCCUUGUACAGGACCGAUUACGCGGGAAGAGGCGAGUUGAGUGCUAGACAAACCCAUGUGGCCAAAUUCAUGAGAACAUUGCAGCGUUUAGCCGAUGAGUUUGGUAUUGCUGUGGUCAUCACGAAUCAAGUCGUGGCCCAAGUCGAUGGAAUGUCGGGAAUGUACAACCCCGAUCCAAAGAAACCCAUUGGUGGUAACAUCAUUGCCCACUCAUCGACCACCAGGUUAUCUUUCAAAAAAGGUAGAGCCGAGACCAGAAUUUGCAAGAUUUAUGACAGUCCUUGUCUACCUGAGAGCGAGUGUGUUUUCGCCAUCUACGAAGAUGGUAUCGGUGAUCCAAAAGUUGAAGAGGACGAUUGA